CUCUUUGGCAGGCCCGUGUGCCUGGAGGUGGCAGACCCAGGCGGGACGUGCCCUGCGGCAGAGCCCUGAGAAGCGGGGAGAGAUCCCGCGGUUCAGACGCGCGGCUUCCCGGGACAGCUGCGAUGCACGGAGGGCUCGUGGUGCAAGCCGCCCUUGGGCAGCGGCCCGGUCUGGCUGAGCUCAGCGUUUGCAAACGAAGAGGUCAGCGGCGGUUCUAUUUCCAGGGGGUGCCGCGGAAGCAGUGCCCAAAGUUAACAGUGUUGGUCUCUGAAAUGCGCCGUGCGUUUCCACAUAGAUGCUGGGACGCAUUGGGAAGAAGAAGGACGCUCUGGCAGAUCAGAGCGGCCGAGAGAAUUCCGGUCUGUGUAUUUCCGUCGGUCCGCAGGUACGGCAGGCCCCGAACGGGGCAGCGCGCCCAGGCACGGCUCUGGAGCCACGUGUGCCGGCGGAUGCUCCUUCUGCUGAGGACAGGCAAUGGGUGGAACCGAGCGGUGGGUUGGGAGGGCUGAAAAGCGUCGGAACAAAGGAAGAGAGUGAAGAUGAAGAUGGAUGGAAAAGUGCAGUGUGAAGCAGAGGCUGUGCUUCCAAGUAGUGCUGUCGCAAAGCCCGGCAACGUCCGUAGACAAGUAUGUACAAAGACAUGCAGGAAGUAGAAAUGAAAGCGUACGUUUUGUGCGUGCUUCUUGUCGCCAAUACUCUGGCAGCAAUCACUCAAACCGUAACCUGCAACCAACGACAUUCCCUGACUGCCUUUGUGAAUAAAAUGAUAGGUGCCAUCAGAAGCGAGAAUACAGUUUAACCUGAGCUAAGUAGACACUGGGUCAUCGUGCCUAAAAACAAGCGUGUGAGCAUGAGUUUCAAUCCCUGCUGUUAAAGCGCAAGUGUCAUUACAUCGAUGAGUUGCGGUGUUUCCUAAGGCAUGGGAAAAUUAAAGGAGAAAGUCCCCUGAAUCUUCAUGGCAGGCUAGUGACAAAAGAUCGCUCCCAUCCCAAAAUUCUGCGCAAGCUUUUCACUUAAAUGAACUGUUCCAUCCUUCAGUAAAAUGAAAUCACUCAGAAAGCACAGGUAAACAAACGCUGCUGAAUGGAUUCUGUUUUGGAAGUCAUUAACUCUUCGCUGUUGCCCGACACUGGCAAAGUGCUCUGAGCACCUAGCAAAUCCCUGGCCCUCGGUGCAGACAGUAACUGGACAGCAGCUAAAACGGAACGGGACAAACAGUGAUGUUGGCUGCAGCAUUUUUGAUACUCGUCUGUGCACACCUGCACUUUUUCCUUCCUUCACGUGGCAUAACAGAAGCGACCACGUUGGGGCUCUGCUGCCCUACAUCAAGUGCAAGAGGGUGAAAGCGCGCCGGUGUGCUGUGGGGAGGAUUGCCAGACUGAGCCGGGUCCUGGUCACCCCUGCUCUGAUGGAGAGCUCGUCUGAACAGAGUAAAAACAGGGACGGCGUUUCCUGCUCAGAAGACAAGUGUGAGACGCUGCUGGGGCAGCUGUUGGGGCACCUGACCCUGUGCCGUGCCGAGGUGGACCAGGAGAUCCGCCAUGGGUCUGAGGAGGCUCUGCGUGCCAUCCACAGCGUCUUCGUAGCUCGAGAGAGUUACUCGGUGGCACGUGCCGGUCAAAGUCUGUAUGCGGAGGGGGAAUGGCGGCCCUGCUUCCGGCCCUACUAUCUUUUUGAGGAGAAAAUGGCACUGGGCAGGCUGCUCCUCCCCAUGGAGAGGGGGAACUUGGUCCUCACCGUCCUGGAGGGCAUGGUGCAGCCGAGGGUCUCCGACACUGGGGUGGUUGCCACCAUGUUGGAUGAGGUCCUGAGAGAUGGGGCCUCUAAGCUCUCGAAUGUGCCUGAGAUCCUGCGGAGCAUCUAUGAACACCUGAUGUUGCUCAGCAAGGAGUCGCUCCGGGACAUCGUGAUCCGGACCCUUUUCCAGAUCACACCCUUGGACCCCCAGUGUGUGGUCAGGGCCAUGCUGCGUGACAUCCCAUGGUGUGACAGGCUUUCCACAACCAUGUGGCAGACGAUGGUCUCCGAGCCCAGCCUUGCAAAGCAGGUGGUGUACAACCUGCUGAUGCAGCGGCCACAGACCAAGCACGAUGGCUUUGGCCCAGGCCGCAACUGCGUCCAUCACCUGCAUGUGGGUUUCUGGAUGACGCCUUGCUCACUCCCGGCGCGGCUGCGCUCCCCUCCCCUCCCGUCUGCAGCCCCUCGUCCUCUCUUCCCCUGCCCUCGAUCCCCAAGCUCCCAGCCUGCAGGCUCAGGCAGCAUUGCAGGGGCAGCUGUGCAGUGAGGGCCGUCCCUGGGUGUUUUCUGCAGAUAA